AACUUGCAGUUUAGAUGAGCCUAUAAGACUGAGAUUCUAGUUUUGGCUCACUGUUACUCACUGUUCACUACUCACUAAUCCUCAGAAAUGUCUAAUGUACUCUGCAUAUUAGUUAUUGUACUAGUGCAUGUGGAGAGUACCUGGAUUCUGGCAAAUUGUCAUGAGCUAUGAGGCACUAAUUUGCUUGAAGAGUAAUAGCAUUAGCAAUAAAAUGAUAUGGCAUGCCAUUAAAUUACACCUCAUGCACUAUAGUAAUCUAAAGUUUACGUCUUACUAUUGUAAUAUUUAUAUUUUGUAUAUUUGUCUAAAUCGCAAUUGUACCGCUGAAUUGUUAAAUCCUGUCUGCACAUUUUGGCAGAAUUUUUUGAACAAAUAGGGAUUCACAGUGGACACUGGACCCUGACAUCAUGAGAGUUUUUCUUGUGUUUGAGGUUAUUUCAAGAGAAACAUUAACCCAAUGUGACAUUGUACACCACAGAGGUCAGUGCACUGUAUCUUUCCCCCCCAAAAAAAAUAAUUUAAUUUCAAAAGUGUUUAUCAUUUUCUUCAAAUGAUCAUCUGUCUGAUUGACGGGUGCCAAAUAUUGCAUCUACUAGUUGACUUGGACAGCAUAUGCGUCACGUAUACGCUGUUGUAUACACAUUUUAUGGCCUACAGAUAAGAUGGUUAUAGAUAAGCAGUCCAUAAUCUUAUACCCAUCACCCCUGACUCUUUACUGCCCUGCACAAGUGGGUGGUUUCUGUGUAUAUUGAAGGGGUGAAAGAAAGUAGGAGGGGGGCUGCAUGGUCCUCCCUCACCCCUUUUCCCUCCCUCACAUGUACCUUUAUCAGUGUGAGAUUGGCAGACACGUGGACAGUGAGUUGGUGACCAAAGAGAAGCAUGACUGAGUCCAAGUGUGAGCUUUUUACUGUGGCAAGUGCAGAGACAGGCCAGUGUCAGAAAGAGCAGGCUGCCCCCAUGGGUUUCUUCGAGCGCUAUGUACAGCCCUGCCUGGCUGAGCUCAUCGGCUCUGCUCUCUUCAUAUUUGUAGGGUGCGUGUCAGUCAUCGGUAAUGUGGAAAUCACCGGUAGUAUUCAGCCUGCUCUGGCACAUGGACUGGCCCUUGCUAUUGCUGUUUCACUGUUUGGAGAAAUCAGUGGGGGUCACUUUAAUCCAGCUGUGACGGUGUGUGUGUACCUUGUGGGAGGAAUGGAGCUGAUUCUUCUUGUUCCAUAUGUACUUGUGCAAAUAUUCGGUGGAAUGAUUGGGGCAGGUCUUGCCAAAGCCAUCUCCCCAGCUGAUAAAUUCAGUAAUGCAUCAGGGGCUGCGUUCACCGCUGUCAGUAGUAACGCUGAUGUAGGAGCUGCUACUGUGGCUGAAAUAGUGAUGACUCUCUUGACCAUGGUGGUCAGCAUGGGGGCUGUGAAUGGAAGGACACGUUGCCAGUUUGCUCCCUUCCUCAUCGGCUUAACAGUGACAGCGAACAUCCUGGCUGGAGGUAUGGUCUCAGGAGCAUGUAUGAAUCCAGCUCGAGCUUUCGGACCAGCUGUGGUGGCAAAUCAUUGGGCCUACCACUGGGUAUAUUGGAUUGGACCUAUGACUGGUGCUUUGCUCACUGUCUGCAUUGUCAGGUUGUUGAUGGGAGACAAGAAGACACGCAUUAUAUUUAAGUGAUUUGACAAAGUGACCGUUUGAUGAUACUGUCAAAAAACUCUGUUUAAUUUGACCUUGUUUGUCUAAUUUGUUUCUUUUUCUUCAUUAUUUUUCAAACAAGCUGACUGUAACAGACUAACAACUGCAUAUAAACUGUAUAAAGCUGUAUUGUAUUUCUUCCAAUCUGCUGUACAAAACAAAUCUUCUACCUGUUUAACAUUGUAUCUUCCUAUAUGGUGCAGUAUCAUGUAUAAAAUAAAAUGUUUUUCAUAUGUUUGAUAAUAA